GUGUCUCCACCUCCUGCUGGCACUCGGACUCCACGUUAACCUGUCCGCCGCACACCAGCUUUUAACUUCAUCUCCCUGACAUCCGCUGCACUGGUCUAUUAUUAUCCUGAAGGGAUACGCAAUCAUUGGCGGUUUCUAACUGCCAACAGGCCAGCACUUUUAACUUGAAUAAGAUGCUGCCGGACCUCAUCCACCACCUUUAAAUUUCACGUCCUCCACCACAACAAUUUGCCAAAAUUGUUUUGAUGGAAUCUUGUGAACCUGCACCGAUUGCUACUUAAAAAACACCGUCCCAACUUGGAAUCGUAUCACUGUUUUCUCAUUGUUGCUGCAUCAAAAUCUUCGCGCUCCAAAAUAGCACUGGGGGGUCUGCCUACAUCCCAAGGAUUGCAACCGUUCAAGAAGACCACGCACCACCACUUUCAAUGGACAUUUUGGAAUAGAAAUCAAGUACUGACCUUGUCAGUGAUACUCUUAUCCCCUGAAUGCUUAAAGAGUAUUCAAAGCAGGGAAAAUUGUUAAAAGGAAGUUUCCCCGAUGGAAGUGCCUCCUUCCGGUGGGAUCAGCAGUAAUGAACACUGUUUCCCAAAUGGAACCACCAAAAAAAAUUUCUUAAACCCUGAAAUGGCAAACACUGAAAAUGCAAAGUCUUUGUUGUCUGAAGCUGGGCCUAUCGUUCAUGCUUUGGAUGCUAAAAUAACCCAAGGCUGUUACCCUGAACUUCCUAAAGGAUGGAAGAGAAUAGUGAAAAAAAGAAAAACCGGGAAGUCAGCAGGAAAAUCUGAUGUUUACGUUAUAAGUCCUCAGGGGAAGCAAUUUCGAUCUUCAAACGAACUUAAAAAUUACUUUGAGAGAAGUGCCGGAGAGGAAAACCUGAAGCCUGAAGAUAUUAAUGAUUUCUGGCGAUGCUGUCCUCAAGAAAGGAUUACUGUUGAUAUACGGUCAGAUCGCCUACAGCCCACCGCCCCAACAACACAAGACUUCAACACAUUGACUGUCGACCUUCCACAGACUGUGUCAAGUGUGUCACAAGAUGCCAGGAGAGAAGAGAACUCUGAAACCAAGGGUGGCUGCAGUAAAAGACAGAGGCAGACAGAGGUUAAAAAUGCCUCAACACAGAAACCUAAAAAAGGUGCAAGACUGCAAAACUCUAGCAGGCAAUGGUUGUGUUCGAGGAGAGGAUUGUCUGCAAGAGCAGACCAGAAAGGACUUGCUUCAUCUGAAGAAAAGGAGGUGGGUGAUGGGACCCCACUUGAUGGAGUUAAAGAGUGUCCCAAAGCUAAGAGGAAAGCCAGUAGAAGAAAAUCUAAAGAGCAAGCAGCAGACAGCAAUAAGCAGCUUCAAAAGGAGCAGGUGUUUGAAAGCAAGGGGACACUGGAAGUACAAGUAGACGAAGCUGAUGAGCCUGCCUCUGAAGUAUCAAAGUUUAACAGGCAGAUGGCGCUGACGAGCAAUGGAAGAUCUGAAAUAAAACCAAGCACCAGCCCUUCACGUUGCUCAGAAUCAGAAAUUCCCUCUGAAGACACAGACAGGGACACAAAGGAUUCCAAUGGGGACAGUUUUACAUUGCUGAAAGCCCAAGACAAUCAUUCUACUCCAAGAGUAAAGCAGGAUAAAAGGAAGACUAGUCCAUACUUUUCUAAGAAGUAUUCUGAAGGAGCACCCAGCCCACCACGACGUAAAGCCUUUGCCAAAUGGAUUCCUCCUCGAUCCCCAUUCAAUCUGGUCCAGGAGACACUCUUUCAUGAUCCUUGGAAACUUCUUAUUGCAACCAUACUUCUUAAUAAAACCUCUGGUAAAAAGGCCAUUCCUGUGCUGUGGGAUUUCCUGGAAAGAUACCCCUCUGCGGAAGUGGCCCGUGUAGCUGAUUGGAAAGAAAUAGCUGCACUUCUGAAGCCACUUGGCCUGUAUGAGCUGAGAGCAAAAGCUAUCAUCAAGUUUUCUGGUGCAGCCACGAGAUCACAAACUCAACAAGUACUGGGAGUGGCUUUGGGCAAAUCAGGAGUCAUUGGGUCUGUCCUAAAUCCACACAAUCCUGGUGUAUCAGUUGAAAUUCUUUGCAUGCUGAUAACUCUUAGAGGUAUGAUUGAUGCACAGGCUAGAUGUGUGCAUUCUGUUUGUAACAGGAAUGCAGACUCAGCAAUUAGCUCCCUGCAGUGACGUGUAAAGAUUUGCAUGGAGCAUUGUAAAUCAUGGCAAGCCGAGUGGCAGUAGUCUUAAUUUGGCUCAGGUUAGCUGUUCUUCAUCAUGUGCUACAAUUAGUCUCAUUACUCCUUCCAACAAGAGUGAGGGUGGGAAUCAGAGAUGAAAAACAUCACAUGGAUUCCAUCUUCUCAUCACUAUCUUAAAAGAAAUCGAACACUGAAUUAAAACAAGACUGCAUAUCUGAUUUUAAACCAGAAUUAUAUUAGCCACACUUUCUGGCCAUGUUGCUGUUAAUUUUGUUCUCAGAGGUAACCUGAAGUAUGACAUUGACAUUGAUAAAGGCACAUGUAGUACAAUCCCUGAUUGUGCAGCACAUAUGCCACAUUGCACAGGGUGCUGAACUCUUACCAUGUGGGCAGCAUAGUUCAUCCAUUAUAUAUUAGAUCAAUUAACCUAAGCAGCUUUUAUAUAGGUUCCAAACAAUUGUAUUUGACAACGCAAACUUAGUAUGCUUUGCUCGCACUGGAACAUUUGACAAUCAUUUUGUUCUGCAGAUCAGCUAGGUGAGCAUGUGUUUAACAGUUGCCAUCAUAAAAUUGUCUCAAUCAAUUUAACAACUUUACAAUAGCAAUAAGCUGCUACUCUAACGAAUGUAAUUAAUUAUUGUAAGAUAAUGUUGAGCCAGUAGUCAUCAUUUGCGAUAUAAUGAGAAGCUAAUAAGAAGCCAUAUGCAAAGGGAGAAAUAUAUUUGCCUCUCCUGUAGUAUGGUCUGUUGCUCUGUCGAUCAGUGUUUGCAACACUAGAGAAAUUCUAGCUCCUUUCUCCAUGUUGUGGAAUUAAUACGAUCCCUGCUCCCCACUAUAUUUCCUCUGUAAAAGUUAAGGAAUUACAACAGUAUGUUUUAAUACCCUGCUUCAUGUGCAGUACAGUACAUGCUGGCUGUCUCUUCCACUGGAACAUUUUGUUUUAAACUACUUUCUCUCGCUUCUUCUGGGAUUUCCCUCAUGGGACAGUGUUGCUUUUCAGUGCCAUUUUUAUGACUUCAGGAAAGUUUGGACUGUUGGCCUGUGAGAACUUGAACAAAUGCUGGAUUCUUAUCACUGUUUGCAAAACUGGAGACGUUAUUUUCACCAUAAAUAUGUAACAAUAUGAAUUAGGUUUUAGAAAUUGAAUACUUACAUUAGAUUUCUCAUGG